AUGACCCAGAUAUACACCAGACCAUUUAUUCCCUCCCUGCACGAGCAAGAUUCAAAGUACGAGAAGCAACAGGUUGCUUACUUUCAGCGGGAAGCUCAGGACCCCAACGCUUAUUCAGCUCACGCGAUAAAGGACCACGAAAGAAAUAAUUGGAACGGUUCGCAGUCUCGUUCCCAAAUGUCUGACCAUAGCCAAGGACAUCGUGGCAUCCAACAAGCGAAAGUUGGCGAUAUGUAUCCAAGUCACCCAGAACGUAGUCAGAAACCUACCCGAGAACAACUGCCCUCAUUAAGCAGUCUAUUUGGCUCUACACCACAUCAAAACAGACCAGCUCAAUCUCCAUAUUCGGAUCACCAUAGUCCUAUCUUCCCACCGUCAGUUCAUGAUGGUAGACAUCCCCCAACGCCGAUUCACCAAGAUCGUCCCUUUGACGGAUCCUACUUUCAACACCCUCAGCAACUUCCAUUCAACUCUAGACCAGACCAAGUCGAGAGGUUAGGGAUUCCUCCCCCUCCUCCUCCUCGCCCCACUGCGACUGGAAUGAGACCGGAAUCGCCUCGAUACGACUCGCGAUUUGGUCCAGUUGAAGUUUCUAGAAGCCAGGCCCAGCCUUCUGGGAAUGCUUGGUCUCCACGCCCACAAUCUAGUCGCAAUGAUUACUUUCCAAGAGACACGUCGUCGUCGUUCAGAACCCACUCCGAGCACGCACGCCCAGCGCACAGACCUGAAGCUGAACCCAGACAACAUUACCGUGAAGCACCCCACAGCACACCUGUGACCCCAAUCUUUCCUCCUACACCUGCGAGUACAGUUGUGGGUGAUGUGACAACCCUGAAGGAUGGCCUAGGGCCAAAGAUCUGGACAGGAACGCAGUUUCUACCUCGUUUUGUUCGACAAGCGGAGGUUUCUGGUGAAGGAAUGUGUUAUUUUUAUGAUGAUGGUACACACUGCAAAACUGUUAUCGAUGGUGAGGUAGUCAAUGCUCAUUGGGGCGUCACAAAGGCUGGAAAGCCUAGAAAGAGGUUGGCGAUUGCCUGCAUUACUUGCAGAGAGAAAAAGAUCAAGUGCGACCCUGAUUUUCCUCGGUGCGUUCAAUGCGAGAAAUUCGGCAGGAUUUGCAAGUUCAAAAAUGCGCCUCGAGGUGGGCAAGGAUCGCCAGAUACACCGCCAGCUGAAUUAGAAGAUAUUGGUUCAAGGCCUACCUCAUCUUCACGAACGGAUCCAGAGUCGUUCAAAGUUGGGAAGCGGGAGAGCAGUGAGUCUGUCUCUCCAAGGCAGAUUUUACGACGAGCAACUCCCGACUCGGAGAUGCAUCAUACAAAGCGUCAACGCAUUGGGUACAAUGACUUCACCCCGGUUGCGUCAGAACAUUCGCCCCGACUCUCAACCCAGGAGGUGGGUUCGCCAGCUACAGUCUGGGCUGAGCCCGUCCCCACCACAACUUUCGAUCACAGCCUCCUCCGGGAGUGGCAAGUCAAUCCGUUUGCUGCCAACCCAGAAACUGUCCGCGAGAUUAUCGACCUUUUGUUCAAGAGUGGGCCAGAAACAGCAGCAGCAAUGUUUCCACAGCAAGCUUUCACAUCGUGGUUUCUCUCAGCAAGAGUGCUGUCGCUAGACGAUCUAAUGCUAAUUUACAGUGCUCUCGCGUUCGGCUCUAUAUUUUCUGUAAGGCAAGAACAUAAAGCUCUUGGUGCUAGAUAUGCAUCCAUCUCUCGAUACGCUUGCGACAACCGCCGAUUUAGCAUUCAGCUCGUUCAGUCACGUCUAUUGCUCUCGUUAUAUUAUUUUGCGGUCAACAACCUGAACGAUGCUUGGGAUUUUUGCGGUGCGGCCGCGAGAGCAGCGAGUGGAUUGAAGUUGAAUGUGGAAAUUGAGAAAAGUGACGAUGCCUUACUCCAGAGCUUCCCCUAUGGUCUCAACCGUCACGGCUAUGCCGAAUGCCGGAGACGGACAUUCUGGAGCUGCUACCUCGUUGAUCGCUUGAACGGAUUCUGCUCUGGCUAUAUCAGCAUGCUUCACGCAGACGAUGUCUUCCUACGACUUCCCUGUGACGCCAAUAGUUUCGAGGCUCAAGCCGAAGUCCAGAAUCCGUUCUUUGACCCUACAACUCCUCCAAUUCAAAAUAUCAACUGGACAGUCGGAUCAAUAGCCUACUUGAUCAAUGUUGCUACGAUAUGGGGGGACGUUAUGGCAAAUAUUUACCGAAGCUCCCAGCGGCCAUCUACAUUGGGGUCGAAUUCAUUCAGCACAUUCUACGAGGAAGCAAGUCAACGAUUACAGGUCUGGAACGACACCUUGCCUAGUUGCUAUGCUUUUUCACCGGAAAAUCUGAAGAGAGCGGCAGAUAACGGAAAAGUUGGCAUAUUCAUGACAAUGCACACUGUGUACCACAUGACAGUGAUGAAAUUAUGCCGCUAUACUUGGCAAUCUGACCUCAGCAGCGCGCAACUCGUCCGUCGCGUCUCUCUUGCCCGACAUCACGCGGAGACUGUCCUGUCUUCGGUAGACGCACUGGCAGCUCAUCGUACCUCGCCGCAUACGCUUUCAAAUGGACAGAGCGUGACUGCCGCAAGUUGUUCAUCGCCCUUUGUCGGAUGCUCUAUUAUCUCUGCAAUCGACAUUCUGACAGCCAAAGUCCCAUUAGCAACUGUCUCAACUCGCCUCGCAUCCUUCAGCGGCGCACAAGCUGUUCUUGCCGAGCUCGCCCAUUUUUGGCACAGCGCCAAGAACCAACAAGCUCUUGUGUUCGAACGGGUCCAGGAUUUGACGGAGCUUACAACGGGUCGAGAAGUGCAGGGGGCCUUAGCGUCUAAGUCCGGCAAUCUUGGAGUUGCAAGUAAGGAGGCAGGAGAAGAAAUAUUCCGGAUGAAACAGGCGAUUGAAAAGAUUUUCUCGAAGGACUACGACUGUAUUUACGCAUAA